CACACAGGAAUGUCAUAACAAUUCACCUAUUUUUUACACAAGUUUCAUCAAACCAAAAAACACCAGGGACGAGUAGCAUCCAUUCAUCAGAAAAAAACCCAUGCAAUUAUUUCACCGCUAGUCAAACGGAUGAACAAUCGUGUGAUAUUAAAAACAGCAGUAAAACCGAUUUAAUUUCGAAAUCCACAACUCUUGUUUUUUCAGAAAAAAAAAAUGAAAAUACACGCGUCACAGAAAGACUAUACAAACAGUCAAUGAUAAUUUCAACAACUUCUUCCCAGAGAGAAAUCGGCCUAAAACGUCAUCAUAAUCAUAGGAAUUCUUUUACUUCGGAUAGUUUGAAAUCUUUGAGUCAUAAUUUUAAUAAUCAUUAUCACAAUUCGAAUCCCAAAAGUUCUAUGUCUUUAGCUUGCAUAAAAAAUCCCACCCAUGUGGCUUUAAAAACAGAUUCCCCAAAGUCUUCAAACGAUCUAAACCUAUUUCAUAAAGAAUCAAUUUCUAUGAGACAAAAAAGACGUUCUUUAAGGAUUGUAGAUUCGGCAAGUGAUGAAGAAACAGAGCCGCCUGUUAAAAAAAUUGCUUCGACUUCGUCACCUUGCCUUUUUGAACAAAACUUUUCUUCAAAUGUAUUUUUAGACGUUGUUAUUCCUAAAAAAAAAGAAUCUAAAUUCUCGACAAACGUCCCUUAUUCAGUAACGCAGCAUAAUGAUACGCUGCAAAAACGUUCUUUAGAGACGAUAACGGACGAAAAAUUGGCAUCUUCAUUAACUAAUUUAAUUCCUAAAAAAAAAAGUGUUCGUACUAUUGUUCAAAAAGAGUGUUUUUCACACAAUGAAAAACAUAUACCAAUUCUGUCACAAGAUAAAAAAUUAAUGACAGUGUUACCGGUUGAGAGACAAGUUCUUGUUGAAACGAUAUCCUCAAAAACAUCUUUAUUAGAAGAACCACAUGAGAAAAGGAUACAAGACCAGAAUGACAUAAAAAAAAAGUCACCAUCAUUAACGCCGAAGGAUAAAGAGGAGGUUAAUAAAAAAUCUUGCGACGUAGCUGAAAAAAAGAAGCAUUCACCAAUCAAGCAAGAAACCACAACGGCAAGCAAAUUCUCUAGAGAACUUUGUAGCUUGUAUGAAGAUCUUAUAGAUUCUGGCGCAUCUCAACUUUUAUUACAAAAAAGCUGCAAACGACAUCGUGACUUAAAAAAACCUCUCGACAGACAAACUUCCUCUCAUCCAACAAUCAAUUCUUGUUCUAAAAUAACUCAUGAUGCAGCCAAUAAGGGAAAUUAUUUGUCAAGAGUAACCUCACAUGUUAAAAAACAACUUUCAACAAUAACAAAAUCAUUUCAACUAUCCAAAAAUCCUACGCUAACUUUAACAAAAACAAACAAAGUUUCCGUUAAAGCAACGGUAGCAAAAGCAAUGGACUCUACGAAAGGAGUCAAACCGCGGGAUACGAAUGGUUCGAAACAUAAACAAUUAGCAAGAAGAGAAACGACCCAACUUCCAUUAAAACAUGGAGCAUUAGUACCCUCAACAACUGGAAGUUCAUUACUCUUAAACCAAAAAACUAAGAAAAAGGAUUCAAUUUCUUCCACAUUAAUCACACCUCAACGUAAUAAAUCAUGCAACAAUAGAUCGAGUAGUUCCACAACAUGUUUAAAAAAUUGCACUGCUGUCAAAUCUGUUCAAACUAUAGAUUAUGAUGUACCGCCUACAAAUGAGUCUACAUUUAAACGUACUAAAAAGCAUGUUGUGCUUAUACAUUCACAAUUUCUUAUACAACGGCUUUUUUCUCAUCCAAUCCAAACGACUCCAUUUUUACUACCUACUAAAAUAUGAAACGUCAUACUUUGCUACAAUUCGUUUUGGUUUUACCAAACCAAAAAAAAUGCAUCUUUUUUAGGUUAAAGUGUACUUUCCGUUUCGCAACGCGAAUCAAAUAAGAAUGAAACUAGCACGGCAAAUGAAUUCAUUUUUUCUACAUCUAUGUAACUUUUCCUUCCCAACGCAAGUCAUAGCAAAUUGUAUUAUGCGUUACAAAAAGAAUAAACCUUUUUUCUUUACGUAUGUGUACAUUUCGUUCCCAGGCAGGAGUUAGACAAAAAAAAAUAGAAGCAUGCCAAGAAAAUCAUUCCUUUCUACACGUAUGUGUACUCUUCCAUCUCGAGCGGGAGUUACACAAAAUUGUCUAAUGUGUUACUAAAUGAAUUAUUUUUUUUUUCAUGGUUUCGUGCAUUUGGUUCCCAAACGGGAGUCAGACAAAAAUGAAAGAAAGCAGGACAAAAUAAUUAAUUUUUUUUUUCUACACCUA